CCAGGAUCAGCUUCCCCUUGUGGAGGCACCCCCCUGUGAUGGUGCUGGUGCCCAUUGCCAGGCCUCCAACCUCCGAGGACCCAAGGCCAUGCGGCGACGGCCCGCGCGGUGAGGUCUCCCGGGGCUUCGCGCUCACCGCGAGGUCGGGCACCACACGGCUCCAGGGCCUGCCUCGUCGUCGAGAGCGUUCGACUGCUCAAGCCCGACAAGCCGACUCCAUACUGGACACACAAUCUAUCUCACAGUCUCCAUACCUGUACAGAGUGAGCACGUGCCAAUGGCCUGCUCACAGCUUCUGGCGUUCACCCUGGUGUGUUUCGUCAGUGUCUGCCAGGGUGUCACGAUCCGCCAAGUGGAUAGAGACGCCAAGAAGCCAGAAUUGUCGCCAGAGUGGGUCCAAAACGUAUCGUUCUUACUUCCCGCCAACGGCAUCCCAAACCACAAGAAGGCGACGGCCGUCGUCACGUUUGCGGGCAAGAAGAACCCAGAGUACAUCGAUGGUGCAGUGAUGUUGGGCAUGUCCGUCCAAAAAUAUUUGCCAGAAUACCCCAUGGUGGCGCUGAUCAUUGCAGGCAUGAAAUCGAAGUACAGGAGUCUCCUGAAAAGUGCUGGUUGGUCGACGGUCAUGGUGCCGAAUUGGGACAAAGAGUACUGCGGAAAAGAAUGUGACCUUGAGUUCUUGGGGCGUUGGCAUGAUAGCUUCGAAAAGAUCAACGCGUUCCGCCUGCCCUUUGCGCGCGUGCUGUUCAUGGAUUCGGACACAUACAUCUUCGGAAGCCAUGUACAGUCGCUGGUGACCAUGCCCUUGGCCGAUGGCCACAUCGCCAUGGCGAAGGACGGCUGCAAGGAAGAGUACAACAGCGGGGUAAUGUUGUUCAGUCCGGGCCUUGCCGUAUUCAAGCAGAUGCUCAAGAUGGUCACGGAGCGCAAGAGGGAGCAGGUCCUCGACCAGAACCUGGUGAACGCCGCCUACCGCGGCAAGAUCGUGGAAGUCGCCCGCGAGUUUAACUGCGUGGACACGGUGGGCAUCCAGCCGGGAACGACUGGGAAGCCCUGCGAGCACCACUGCAGCAAGAACGCGGUGAUCGCCCACUUCACAGGCCACCCGAAGCCCACCAGCCCCAAGAGGAGGCUGCUCGAGCUCGUGAGGCGGCCCGGCGCCCCCGCCCUCGCGUGCAUGAACACGAACUUCGGGUCUUGCGGGAAGUGGUCCGAGUUCUAUUGCGACAUCCGAAGGUACGCCCGCAACCUCUCGGACGAGCUCCAGCAAGAGCUCAAGAGCACGGGGCUGUGCUGCCACCCCGACAGGUUCUCCGAGAAAAAAGGAAAGAAGUACGACGAGCGGAACGGGGAGACAUGCCUGGAGUGCCCUGCCACGUUGAAGCUUUGGAGCCAGCACAGCCCAGGUGAGGAGAAGCAUUGGAGCGCCAACAUGAGGGGUAACAUGCAGCACAUAGAGGGUUCAUACGUGAAGACAAACAUCCCUUCCUUGAAGUUCAACGGGGGCAGGCCCAUCUACGUCAACCAAAACGUAAACCCGAAAGAUAAUAUUACGAUUUACAUGUACUUCAUUCAGGCCAACUUGGUUUGGGUGGUUGGGCCAGAUUACACUGCGAAAAACGGAAUGGGCUUUGCUGGUAUGGACGCGCAGUGCCCCAGGGAUGCGAAGUAUUGGUCUUUCCACAAUGGAACUGGCUUCGAGAGAAGGCACGUCGACAUCAGGGCCGGCACGAAUUUGAACAACCCUCCUAAGGGCACAGACCAUAUUGUUUGGAACGUGACGAGUCACAGUUGGGAACGCGAGCGGAUCGUCUGGGAGCACGAGAACACCACCGAGGACGAGAAGGACGACUGAAUGAGUCUUCGCGUUUUUAGCUAUUGCUGCUCUGCUUCCAGCCUCCGCUGCCGACCCCGUUCCCUGGCCAACGGUGGCUUCAGCUUUUCCAGGCAGGCCCAUACAGCCUCCAAGGCGGACUCGUUUCGCCAGGAAAGUUUGACAUGAGCGUCGGGUGUACCGAUCGACAUCGCGCUAAUCCGAUGGCCAUUCA